AUGCACUCUCCUUAUGCAAAUAUACAUCCUUAUAAAAUAAAGCAGGCAAAACUGAUUGAAGAUGUAAACUGGAGUGUUCUCGUCGUCCUCCUCCUCCUCCUCCUUCUUCUUCUUAUUAUUAUUAUUGUCCUUGGCACUUCACUUCUUUUCUUCUAUCUUCUGAUUUGGUUCUCCUCUUCUUCCAUCCUUUUUUUCUUCAUAUUUUUUCUUUUCCUAUCCAAUCAUAUCUCAAGUUUUCCCCUUUCCUCCUCCUUCUUCCUCAUCCUUCUCAAUUUUCUACUUCUCCACCUCUCUGUUUGUUUUCCUUUUAUUCUCUUCCUUUCAUAUCUACUUCUCUUUUCCCACCCUCUCUAUUUCCCCACUACCCAUAUACCAUUUAUUCGUUUUUUACCUUUCUUUUCUCCCACUGCCUUGGUUCUAUUUUUAUUUCUCUCUUUUUUUUGUUUCUCUUACUUCCUUUUUUUUGCCCUUAUUGUUUGCUUUUAUGUUCUUUUCAUGAUUCUUCUCUCCUUUCUUUCUUUCAAGAUUCUCUCUUUAAUUUUGAAUCUUUCUUCUUUCCUUUACUUUCUCCCACAAUUUUCUUUCUUUCUUUUUGAAUCUUUUUUCUUUCGGUUUUCACUCAGUUUUCCUUUUUUUGGUUUUUCUCUUUUAAUCACCACCCACUUUCAUGUCCUCUCUUGA